AUGCAGUUCGCGCACAGGAAGUGCAUACAGAGGUGGUGCGACAAGAAGGGGAACAUCACAUGUGAAAUCUGCAACCAGGUUUACUCUCCAAACUAUGUUCUCCCUCCAACCAAGUGCUGUUCAGAUGAAAUGGGCAUGGAUCUUAGGCAAAGCUGGGUUGGACGAAUCGAUCCCCAUGAUUCCCAUUUCCUGGCGAUCGCCAUCGCGGAGCAGCAGCUGCUGAACGCUGAAUUUGAUGACUGCAUGACCUCAAAUUCGAGUGGCGCCACAUGCUGCCGGUCUAUUGCUCUAAUUUUGAUGUUCCUUCUGCUCGUGCGCCAUGUAACCGUGAUCGUGCGAGAUGUUAGCAUGCUACAAGAUGCGACGGUUCUGUUCAGCGCAAUUCUUCAGUUCGUGGGAUUCUUCCUUCCGUGUUACGUCAUAGCGCGCUUCUGCUAUGCCUUUCAACACCGGAGGCGAAGACAGCAGAGCGCUCAUGCACUCUCUCUGCAGGUUUAG